AUGACUGAACAGGUGGACGUCGAUCCACUGGAUCCUUACGCUUUUGAUUACAUCCUAGGGAGAGACUUGGGCGCAAUCAAGGGGAAUCAUACCUUACACCGUCCAGUGUCGCAGGUCCGUGAAUUCCAAUACAAGGACUACAGUGAUAUCUUCUCUUACAAUGCCCAAGAUCUUUUGGAUCCCUCAAGCCCAUUGUCCCAGAGGUAUCCCCAAGUGAGCCAGGUUCUUAGAGAACGUCUAGGGCUGGCGUUUGGCAAACGGAAUAACGAGGAAUUCUCGAGAUGUAAUUGCCGGGACGACUCAGGCCACAGAUGCGACAGCGAAGUGUUUCAAAAGCGCAACAGCACUUCUUAUGAUGAUUUCAUCCGCUUGAGUGCUGGGGGGAGGACCACUGCGAAGGCGGCAUGCCUUUGUCCAGACCUUAAGGAGCGGGUGCAGAUAUAUGGAUUCAUAGGCGCAGGAACAUUUGGUGCCACAUUUAUUGCUCGCGAGAGAGGCGCUGCUGUUGUUUCCCUGGAAGACCUUGAACAAUACGCAAUCAAAUCUCAAGUCCACACAACACAGUGGAUGGACAGUUUAUCGGGAGUAAAUGCUCAGAUGGCGCCCUUCUACGAGGCUAAUGGAGAGCAACGAUAUAUGCCCGAAGAAGCCCUUCUUCUAAUCUAUCUCGACGAUAGCGAAAGGUUCCCGCGGCUCAACUCAGUUUACACUCACGGUAUGCUAACAGCAAUUCUCAUGACUCCCUGUGUUGAUCCUAGCUAUGAAGCUACUUCAAUUAUUAAUGAGGAUCACUUUAACAGGAUCAAGUCAAGCGGGGCCAUACCGCCGCGCAUCCGAAAGAGAUAUCCCCCGUUUCCAGCUUUUGAUGGCAGCUAUCUCAUGUCCACAACUACCAAAGAACCUCAACUGGGGGAAACAGAAGGCUGCAAAGUUGCUUCGCAGCUUAUACAAGCUAUGAUAGAGUUGGCUGACAUGAACGUUUGCCAUGCUGAUAUGUCAGUGACAAAUUAUCUCGUGGACCAAAACCUGAACGUUCAACUAAUUGAUCUUGGAAUGAUUUACUUCUCGCUGCAUAAAUCCGGGUUCAUAAGGGAUAUAGACUACUUUAUCCCCUACCAUGAGUACCAGAUGAUGCCUGAGCGAGCCAUCGAACUGGAGAAGUACGACACUUGGAGGGAUCCAUGCCAUGAUGAUGUCUCCAUCGAAAAGAUCUACUUGCCUCUUGACCAGCGGGACGUUUGCCUGUGGAAAUAUUCAACGCUCGUUUAUGGGUUUCUGCAUGGCUUCUGGCCCUGGGAUGAGCCUGAACCAGUGCCGAAAAGUUUGAACUGGCACGCUAGGUAUGAUGGUCCUUACAAUGACCCGUUCUAUCCAAUAGUCAAACGCAGACGCAAGAGAAUGGUCAACGAGGAUGUAUCAAUCAGCGAAUCACUCUCACAGGACUGCAGGGAUGUGUUACAGGCCACAUUGUCUAGAGAAAAGUCCGAGCGGCCGUCGUUGGAAGAGUUAUCGUCCUUUCCCUGGUUUUCUCGCUGGUCCGCUGAAGAACUCGAGUCUGGGCGCCCUUUAAAAAGACCUUUUGUCAAGAAAUUCCAUGAUAAAAACCGUGCAGAUGGUCGAAGGGGUUUCCAAUGGCCAAGUAUAUCACUGGAACACGAUAUGUCAAUCCCCAUCCUUAACAGCCCGGGAUAUAAUUCUUCUGACUUACUCUGA